AUGGUGGCAUUCGUUGCGAGUAUUGCAUUUAUGCUAUUCGGAUAUGAUCAAGGUGUUAUGAGCUCGUUACUAACGCUACCAUCGUUUUUGGAAACGUUUCCCGAAAUCAAUGUUUUCGAAAAUAAGUCGAACUCCACAUUACAAGGGUUGGUGGUGGCUAUAUAUGAAAUAGGCUGUAUGUGUGGUGCACUUUUUGCGAUGGUUUAUGGAGACAAUUUUGGUAGAAGAAAGAUGAUUUGGAUCGGUGCUGCAACAAUGACAGUCGGAGCAGUGUUGCAAUGCUCGGCAUUUGGACUACCUCAUUUAAUCGUUGGAAGAAUUGUAACAGGUAUCGGGAAUGGUUUCCUGACUGCAACAAUUCCAAUGUGGUUGUCUGAAUGUGCAAAACCAGAGAGACGUGGUGCUCUUAACAUGAUUAGCGCAGCUCUAAAUAUAUUUGGUGUUGCAUUAUCUUACUGGGUCGAUUUCGGCUUCUAUUUUGUUAAGGGCAGUGCCAGUUGGAGAUUUCCAAUUGCCUUCCAAAUUGUAUUUGCUUUGUUCAUGAUGUCCGUCAUCUUCUUAAUGCCAGAAUCCCCCCGUUGGUUAGUCAAAAAGAAUAGAAUUGAGGAAGCAAAGGAAGUAUUUGCGGUGUUUGCUGAAGUUGAAACCAAUCACACUUUUGUGUUAGCAAAAAUUAAAGAAAUCAAAGAUCUUUCUAUGAAAGAAGAUGCAGAAUUCAGUUUGAAACGCCUAAUUUCAUUUGGACCAAACAAACAUUUUCACAGAACAAUGUUGGCUGCAUUUUGCCAAAUUAUGCAACAAAUUUGCGGAAUAAAUCUAAUUACCUAUUAUGCAGGUACUAUUUAUGAAGACUAUUUAAAUAUGGAUCCUAUUCCUGCAAGAAUUUUAGCUGCUUGUAACGGUACGGAAUAUUUCCUUGCUGCUUGUCUUUCAUACUUUCUUAUUGAAAGAGUAGGGAGAAGAAAUUUGAUGUUAAUUUGUGCUGCAGGACAAAGUGCUACUAUGGCUAUUUUGUGUGGGUCAGGAUGGGCAGCUGAUAACGGGGAUACAAAGGCUGCAAUAUCAGCUGCAGUAUUCCUCUUCGUGUUUAAUAGUUUUUUUGCAGUUGGAUGGUUGGGUGUUCUGUGGCUUUACCCUGCUGAAAUUGCUCCAUUGGAAAUAAGAGCAGCAGUGAAUGGGUUAUCGACAGCUUGCAACUGGGCGUUUACGUUCUUAAUCGUUAUGAUUACACCUAUAUGCUUCGCACAUAUCGGUGCAUAUACUUAUGCUAUAUUCGCAUGCGUUAAUUUCGCUAUGGUUCCAGCUGUUUAUAUUUUUUAUCCUGAAACCUCUGGUAGGUCACUCGAAGACAUAGACAUAAUUUUUGAACAUUCCAACCCUAAGACUCCUUGGGACGUUAUCUCACUUUCCAGAAACUAUAAAAAAUUGGACUAUAAAGAAUCAGACCUCUACGAAAGAAAAGUUUUAGUCGAAUCGAUAGAAUAA